AAACUCAAACUCGUCAAAGUUGUUUUGUGAACUUUUCUGACAUGUAAAACUGUAAAUCAUUUAUUACACAAAAGAACGCGUAGUAUCGCAAUAAGUAUCUUAUAAUUUAGUUAGUAAUGUAUUAAAAUUAUCUUUAGUCAAUAUGGCAUUCUUAUGUCCAGUGAGAAUAAGACGGGGGAAGAAAAAGAAAUCAAGUAGUGGAGACUCAGACAAGGAUUUGUCCAGACCAGGCUCAGGGCUCAGCCCUGGCAUGGGGCGGAUCACUGGAUCAGCAAGUAUAGAGACCUUAGUGAGAGUCGGUAUAGAGAAGGAACAUGGUCUAAGUCCAGAUUCCAAAAUGGUGGUGCUGCAUGAUUUCGCACCCUGCGUGGAUGAUGAGUUAGAGGUAAAACGCGGUCAAAUUGUAAAUGUAUUAUAUCGAGAAAAUGAUUGGGUGUAUGUGAUAGUGGCAGAGUCACGGAGAGAGGGCUUCAUACCUCACUCGUACUGUGCCCCCUGCGAGCACCAUGACUUGAAGAAGAAACUACCGAGGAGCAGAUCACCAGCUGAUAUACAACACAGAGAUGUUUCACAAUUAUCAGUCUCAGACGGUGCAACAAAUGAUGGGCACUCGGAGCUGGGCAGCGAGGGUGAGGCCUGUCCGUUCAGCAAAGAUCCCUCGGGCAGAUAUGUGGUGCUCUACACUUUCACUGCCCGGGAUGAGAAUGAUGUGGAUGUUGAGAGAGGGGAGUUUGUUACAGUUUUGAACCGAGAAGACCCAGACUGGUACUGGAUCGUGCGAAGUGAUGGACAGGAAGGUUUUAUUCCUUCUGGAUUUGUGUAUCCUGCUGUGGUACAAGCGAACCAGCAAGACAACCCGCAGCCGCCCCAACAUUCUCCGCCGGCCAACCCCAACAGUACCGUGAUGUCCGCCGGCACUAACAACACGCACAACGAUGGCCGCUACCACGGCACGGAGCUAGUCAUGCUGUACGAUUAUAAGGCGCAGGCGCCGGACGACCUGUCGGUGAAGCGCGGCGAGUGGGUGUACGCGGACCUGACGCAGCAGACGGUGGAGGGCUGGCUGUGGGCGCACGCGCCCAAGUCGCGCCGCUCCGGGUUCAUCCCCACCGCCUACGCGCGCGCGCCGCACACCACCACGCUCUGACCCGCACCACAC